CCAGCCCCUGCCUUCCUGAGGUCAGGCAGGCACCCGGCAAGGUGCAGACACUUGCCCUGCUGCUCAGGGAUGCUACCAGCUGUGCCUGGCUGGGGGAAGCCCCCCUGCAGCCCCAGGAUCCCAGAGACCCCUCGGGUGGCGGUGCUGUUCGAGUCGGAGGCGGAGGACUGGGCGCAGUACCUACAGACACUGCUGCAGCGGGAGUGGGGGCCCUGGGCCUCGUGGCUGUACCCCCUGGCCAGCUGGGCGCCCCGGGACCUGGCGGGGCUGGGCGACUGCCCCUGCAGGCUGCUGGUGCUGUCGGGGGGGCUGCUGCGGGGCCUGGACCCCCCCAAGGGCCGCUUCCUGCGGGCGCUGCUGCGGCCCCCGGGGACCCCGGUGACCCUGCUGUGCGGGGUGCCCAGCACCGCCCCCCUCUUCCAUGCCCUGCAGCUGCCCCCCACCUGCUGGGAGCUGUCCACCGCCCAGGAGCCCCAGGAGUACCUGGCUGUGCUGAGGGAGGCCCUGAGAACGGGUAAGAGACGCGACAGCCCCCGUGGGGACGCGAG